GUUGACUUCAUCCCAUAAUGUUGCUGGGAUGCCUCUGUAUUCCAGAAUAUGCCCUUGUUGCUUGGGAAAUCGUCAACGUUAAGGGCACUCAAAAGUGGAAUUUAAUUCUUGUACUCAAUGAGAACCUCUUCCUUGUUGCGUAUAUCUAAAUCAGAAGCCUCAUGGAAGUUGUAUAUAUAACACAUUUCUAACGGGCUCAUUUCAUUUGUCAAUUAUCCUUCUCUCAAUUGUUUUUCGGGUGAUGCUGGAGAAAGAAAAAUCAAACUGAUAAGCAAAGAACUGAGGAUGGAUGGUAGUGGAGGUUUUCUGAGAUGGUCUUCGUUUGCAUUUGUAAUGUUCGUGGGUAUGGCCAUCGUUUCAGUUCCUGGAGCUCUUGGCUGGAGCAAGGAGGGUCACAUAAUGACAUGUCGGAUUGCACAGAACCUUUUAGGACCUGAGGCAGCACAUGCUGUAGAACAUUUGUUACCUCACAACUUGAAGGGGGACUUAUCGGCUCUCUGCAUAUGGCCUGACCAAAUCCGGCACUGGCACAAAUACAGGUGGACAAGCCCUCUUCACUUCAUUGACACACCAGACAAAGACUGCAUAUUUGAUUAUUCAAGGGACUGUGUGAAGGAUUUGUGUGUUGCUGGUGCCAUUCAGAAUUUUACAUCUCAGCUUUUGCACUACAGGGAGGGAACUACAGAUCGCAGAUAUAAUUUGACUGAAGCCUUGCUAUUCUUGUCUCACUUCAUGGGAGAUAUUCAUCAGCCAAUGCAUGUUGGAUUCACCAGCGAUGAAGGAGGGAACACCAUUGAAUUGCACUGGUUCAGGCACAAAUCUAAUCUUCAUCAUGUAUGGGAUAGAGAGAUUAUUCUCACAGCUCUAAAAGAUUUCUAUGAAAACGACAUGGACCUCCUCCAAGAAACCAUAGAGGGAAACUUCACUGAUGGAAUAUGGUAUGAUGAUGUCUCAUCAUGGAAAGAUUGUGACGAUCUCCUUUCAUGUCCAAACAAUAGCUAUGCUGUAGAAAGCAUAAACUUGGCUUGCAAAUGGGGUUAUAAAGGAGUGAAGGAGGGUGCAACUCUAGCAGAUGACUACUUCAAUUCAAGGAUGCCAAUCGUCAUGAAACGCAUCGCUCAAGGAGGAGUUCGUUUAGCAAUGUUCUUGAAUGAGAUAUUUGGGGAUUCUGAAGAAGGGAUUGCAUCAGCAACCUAAACAACCAGCCUACCAACACAGGAACAAGAAAACAGAUCUCAUUUCUUCACGUAACCGCGCUUGUACUUUUGUGCUCUUUGUUUAUGUUUGUAUUUUAUAAGUUGGGAUAUGGGUAGAAUCUCAUAUUUUAUUAAAUUAUAUUUUAAUUUAUAUAUUAAAUAGAUUAUGAUAGUCA